AUGAGAUUCCCAUUUCCGAUUUGGUACAAUGAAGACGACGAACGGAAACUAACGAACAAGGAAAAGGACAAUGACGUAAUUUUCCGGUUCGGAAACGUUAAAAACUACGUGCUUAACGACCUCGUGUUGUUCGAGAAUCAAAUCCCGUUUUUCGUCCUCGAAAAGCUUCUCCAACUAUCAAAGACCCGCGACAAAAACGAAGUAGCCGAUUUGUUCUGGCCUUUAGUAUUAACAAGUGCACAAAAAUCAUUACAAGAUUGUAGUAUUACGAAUAGUAAUAAUCCUCCUCCACAUCUCCUUGGCUUCGUACACUACGUCGAAAGUUUGCAGUUUUCUCCGAAUCUUUACGCAAAUAACGAAAUGAAGAACAUAAACUCCGCCACGGAGCUGAACGAAGCGGGUAUUAUCUUCAAGAAGAGAGAAGACGAGGGUAGUUUCUUGGACAUCAAAUUCGAAAAAAAUAAAAUUUACGUUCCGAUUUUGGCGAUCGCGGAUUUAACGGAGUCCAAUUGGAGAAACUUAAUUGCGUACGAGCACUACCUCCCGUGCAGGAAUCAGAGGAAGUUAACGGAUUACAUGUAUUUCAUGCAUUGUUUGAUCCACGACCCGAGGGACGCUAAGCUGCUGCGGCGGUGCGGGGUUAUAAGCACGUGGGCCGGGGGGAUGAGAUGGUGUACCGGUUGA